CGGCUUCUCAAUCGCAGUUGCACGCAGGGGUGUGCACUGCAGCACUUACGUCUCCCAGCUUUGCACAUCUAUCUCGAUAUUUAUCUCAGUAAUUGCGAUUCACCUAGGAUUCAUCUUUGUCCUCGACGACCAACUACUGAACUUGUUGUUUACGCGCUAUGUGGUGGGGAGGCGCGGGCUCGUCGUUGGACCCAGUCCUUCUCCUGUUUUGUGGACUAUCGACACUGCUUUCGACGGUGGUAGGCGCUGCUAGCGUCUACUACCAGUUGAAGAAUUACAGGAAGCCGCAUCUGCAGCGGCAGGUGAUCAGGAUCAUGGUCAUGGUCCCCGUGUAUGCCAUCUCCAGCCUGAUCUCGCUCUUCUCCCUCGAGGCAGCAUUCUUCAUUGAUGCUUUCCGAGAUAUCUAUGAGGCAUACGUCAUCUACUGUUUCUUCCACCUGCUUCUUGCCUACCUUGGUGGCGAUCGCGCUUUGCUCAUUAUGCUGCACGGCCGACCACCCAAAACGUAUCUGCCUCCCAUGAAUCUCUUCAAACGCGAGUGCGACGUCAGCGAUCCGUUCGUCUUCCUGGGGUUGAGGAGGGGUAUCUUUCAAUAUGUGCAAGUCAAACCUCUUCUUGCUGUGGCUACUAUGAUACUUAAAGCGACGAACACGUAUCACGAGGGCACGUUCAAGUUUAACGAUGGGUACUUGUAUGUCUCGGUAAUCUACAACACGUCUAUCUGCAUCAGUUUGUAUUGCUUGGCCAUGUUCUGGAAGGUGGUGAGUCAUGAUAUCCAGCCAUUCCGCCCAGUCCCCAAAUUUCUCUGUGUCAAGGGCAUCAUCUUCUUCUCAUUCUGGCAGUCUAUCUUCAUUUCCAUUCUCGUCUCAGCGGGGGCGAUCCCGCGCAUGGGUCCCUAUACCGAUCAAGAGCACAUCUCUAUCGGGUUGAACGACAUGCUCAUCUGUUUCGAGAUGCCCUUCUUCGCCUUCGCUCACUGGUACGCGUUCAACUACCACGACUAUAUCGACGACUCUGUGCGGCUCGUUGCAAGAAUGCCAUUCAUGUAUGCGUUCAGGGACGCGUUCGGUGUCAAGGACGUUAUGGAAGAUGCGAAAGCGACUAUGCAGGGCGGGGGGAGCUACCGAUACUACGAGCCUGCGGAGGGGGGGAUGCACCAGGGCAGCGGGCGAGAACGCCGUAUCCGUGCGGGGCUGCGAUAUGCCCAAGGAGGGAAGAAGAAGUAUUGGAUCCCUGUGCCACGGAGCGAAGGGUCUGCUACCACCGGACCGGUAAACGCGAUCAACAAGCGCUGGGAGGAGCGAGGGCGUGACCAAGAGGCAUAUGCGCCGCUCAUGGCUGAGCAGGAAGCGCGUGUCGUCCACGCAGACAAUGGCGAGUUGGCGCAGGACGGCUAUGCGGAAGACGAGUUCGACCGACUUUCGCUGGACUUCGAUCUUCCCUCUCGGACAGAAGAAGACGAGCAAGAGCUGUUGUAUGCCAAAGCCCGAUUGCUCGAGUUUGGCGACGGCAACUAUCCGGUAAUUGACUGCUCUGACGAGGCGGCAAAACGGUGGAUGCACCAAGUUGAGCAAGGGAUCGUCAGCGGGCGGAUGAGCGCCGUUGGCCGAGGAGUCAGGGAAAGGGUCAGGCUGCUGAGUGACCCUACCGCAAGUGCUGGCGCCUUAUCGGGCUACGGGGCGCUCCCCGGGUCCCCCAGUCCUGGGCGGGUGGAACGUAGUCUGUCCACAGACGGGCAGGUGAAGGGGAAGGGGAAGGACGUAGAGCGGGAGAGCGUGUACGGCGCUUGGGCCGAACAGGCACCAGCUGUCUCCCCCCGCCCUGUGCCGCCAAUAGCAGACCGUUCGGCUUCGAGGCGUUCUUCACCAGCUGCCUUCCCCGCUCCCGGUGGGGUGAUAGACCUCGCACCUCCCGCGCCGGAUAUGGACACGGACGGCCUCCGCCUACAUCUCUCAAGACGGCACCCUGUACCCGUGCCUACAUACACGUCGGCCGGGACCGCACCGCCGGGAAGGGGGACGAGCCUAUCUCCACCCCAGCACCCUGAGCGCACACGGUCGCCCCUUGUACCUGCGAGCGGCCGUCCUUCUAGUAGGAGCACUACCCCCCUCACACGGGGGAAGUCACUACCGUCGGACGCAGUAGACCUGCUUAUCGAGGAUGCUAUGGCUACGGACCUUCCCCCUCCGACAAGGAACGCCGACCCGGUGUAUAGCGGCAUACGAGUAGGAAGCAGGGAUCAGCGUGCCGAGCAACAAGGGAGGCGAGCUACCCAGCCCAGCCCGGAGGUACGCCCACGCGAGCCACCACGGAGCGUCUUGGAGCACAGAUAUGGGGAGGAGCCCGAGAACCCAUGGGCUUGAUACUCAGUGUUGAAGGGAGAUGUACGACUGCGAGAGACCAAGAAGAGGGGGAUUAGAUGUAGUUUUAUGAUUUGGCUUGUUUACGCAUUUG